GUAUUAUCGUAACUUACUUAGUCUUGGCCGUCAAGACAAACUGCUACUCGGAAUCUCGGUCGGUUACCCAUAAUUUUGUGUGAAUGCUUAGUUCGGGUCGGUGGAAGACGAGAUUCCCCGUGCUUUUCACUCGCGCAAGCCGCAGCCAUGACGAGCAUCGAUGAGCUUUUCAAGAAACCCUCAUCCGCAGCUAGUUCAAAGCGCAAGUUUGAUGCCUCGAGAGACCCAAACGAACUAUACAAAGCGGCCAAGCUUGACGCAGACGGAGAUGUCAAGUCGAAAGGAAAGGCGCCUAUGGUAGAAGAAGAGGGCGACGCAGUAGACGACUAUGCGGGUCCAGAGCUACCCCCGGAUUUCGAGGCUGAAGAUGUUCCCGACGACGAGGAAGGCCGCUUUUUCGGCGGUGGUAUGGAGCGCCAGACAGCUCAGGCUAUGCAAUACAUUGACCAACAUGAAGAGGAAGAGGCAGCGCUGGAGAAAUUCGACCUUGCCUGGGUACGACGAUUUGCCCUAAAUUUCGAGAAGAAGAUAUCAAAGAAUGCAGAGCUCCGUGGAAAAUACGAGAACGAUCCUCAAAAGUUCAUGGCUUCGGAGGCAGACCUCGAUACUGAGAUCAAGGGCCUCUCGAUUCUAUCCGAACACCCUGAACUAUUUGAUGAAUUCGCGAAGCUAGGCUGUGUUGGUUCGCUCGUGUCCUUACUAUCUCAUGAAAAUGCCGAUAUCGCGAUUGAUGCUAUCCAAAUUAUCGGGGAGUUGACAGACGAAGACGUGGAGGCUGAGCCGGAGCAAUGGGACACACUUGUUAACGCUAUGCUGGAUGCCGAUCUUGUCGAACUUCUGGCACAGAACUUGUCUAGGCUUGAUGAAGAAUCCGAGGUUGAUAGAGCAGGGGUAUACUACGUUUUGAAUGUCCUCGAGAACCUGGCCUCGCAGGCGUCAAUUGCAGAGAAGAUAGGUCAGGACCAAAAUGUUUUACCUUGGCUUAUAUCUCGCAUCCAAAAGAAAGAGAGACCUGUGAGUCAAAACCAACAAUAUUCGGCCGAAGUUCUAGCCAUUCUACUACAAUCUACGGCCAAGAACCGCAACAGGUUUGUGAGCUUAGAUGGCGUCGAAGUUCUUCUCCAACUGCUCAGUCAAUACCGCAAGCGUGACCCGGAGAAAGAUUCCGACGAGGAGGAAUAUGUCGAAAACUUGUUCGACUGCUUGACCUGCAUCGUUGAUGAGGGACCCGGCAAGGAUAAGUUCUUGCAAAGUGAGGGUAUCGAACUCGCUCAGAUCAUGCUCAAAGAAGGCAAAUUCAGUAAACAAAGGGCUUUACGGGUUCUAGAUCAUGCCUUAGGUGGUGUAGAAGGUGUAAAUGCAUGCGAAAGAUUCGUUGAAGCAGCAUGCUUGAGCACAGUGUUCGGCAUGUUCAAGCGUAAGCAAGACAACCAGGCCGUCGAACACCUAUUGGGCAUUUUUGCUUCCCUCCUGCGGUUGUUACCGGGAGGCUCCGCGCCGCGUAUCCGUACGCUUGCAAAAUUCAUGGAGAAAGACUAUGAGAAGAUCGAGAAACUCGUCAAGCUACGACGGGAUUACGCCUCGAGGGUGUCGCCUGUCGAACAGGCCGUUGAGAAAGAACGGAAAAGCUUUACGCCAGAGGAACAAGAGGUCAUGGCUAGCGAGUGGCUCUCACGGCGAUUUGAUGCUGGGCUAUUCUCACUCCAGCUCAUUGACGUGAUUCUGGCCUGGCUGUUGGCCGAGGACGAUGGGGCCAAGAGAAAGAUUGUAUCCCUUCUUGCGGACCGCGAUGAGGAUUCGUCUUUGAUCAAGGCAACAUUACAAGAGCAAGUAGAGGGUCUUUCGGAGGAUGAUCCGGGGCAGAAGGAUCACAAGGAAAUGCUGGAGACACUUCUUCAGUUCGUAUGAUUGGGAUCAAUCACCGAGAGAUGGGAUCAAUUUUUGUAUAGUUAGCGAAUCAGCCAUAGGAAG